GGCGGACGUCGACUGCUGCCGCGGGCGGCGCUGGUGCUUGGCCGCUCCGCCCUGCGCUAGCUCGGCUCAGCUCAGCUGUCUGUCAGCUCGGCGGUUGGCUGGAGCGGAUCGGACUCACGCGCUGUGUGGAACGGAUCCCGGGUCUUCUGCUGCCAGCAGUGGGCGCAGUUCUCACCCACCGCGUGCGCUGGUGCCGAGCCGGAGUAGACAGGACUCUUGCCGCUGCUGGGAAUGGAUCGGGCGCGCUGUCUUUAGUGACGCUGGUCGGCUGCUCCACUGGGUGUGUGUCUGCCCGUGACCAGGGCUCGCGAGGUGCGGACUGCUCUGAGCGGGUUUCAUCUGCCGGUCUCUCCGCUGCCGCCUGACGGGCGUGCGUCUCCGUGCCCCACAAUGGGUCUCCUCUCGGCUAAGGUGGGCGCCUUUCUUGUGCUGCUGCUGUCCUCGCUGCUGAUGGGCCUGAUCCCGUUCAAGCUGGCCUCCUGCCUGAAGCGCAGAUCGGGCGGCAAGAACCGCGCGUCGCUGACGCUAUCGUGCCUGCAAUGUCUCGGAGGCGGCGUUCUGCUGGCCACCGUGUUCGCGCACAUGCUGCCCGAGGUGCGGGAGGCCGUGGAGAAGGCGCUGGGCAAGCUGGAGUUCCCGCUGGCCGAGGUGCUUGUAUGUUGCGGCCUGUUCAGUAUCUACCUGCUGGAGGAGCUGGGUAUGCUGUGCGCGCGCCGUGAUCCGUCGGCUGAGUAUAGCACGAUGGAUGGUGCUGAGGAGGAGGAGGAGGAGACGGCUGAAGACGAGGAGCGGGGUGACCGGGUGCUGUACGACGCGCGCCAGGGCAGCGCCCUGCUGGAGGAAGCCGAGCGCGAGUACGGCGCUGUGACGGGGUCGCGCCGCCGUCGCCGACGCUGCCCGCCGCCGCCCGAGUCGCCGCCCAACCUCGGCAGCUUCCGCGUGCUGAUCGUGGCCGUGGCGCUGUCGGUGCACUCUGUGUUCGAGGGCAUGGCCAUCGGGCUCGAGGCCACGGAGGCCAGCACCUGGCUGCUCACCGCCGCCAUCGCCACCCACAAGUCCAUCAUCGCCUUCUGCCUGGGCGAGCAGCUGGCCGCGUCCGUGUCGAGCACGCAGCGGGCGCUGGCCACACUGGCGGCUUUCGUGCUGGCCUCGCCCACGGGGAUCGUGCUGGGCACGCUGGUGACCUCUUCCAGCGGCGGCCACAUGGCGCUGACGGCUGUGCUGCAGGCGCUGGCCGCCGGCACCAUCCUCUACGUGGUCAUCUUCGAAAUCAUUGGUGGCGAACGCGCCAAACCGGGCAGCGGACUAGCCAAGUUGGCCGCUAUCCUGGCGGGCUUCAGCUUCAUGUUGCUGAUGGUGACUGUGGUGCAGGAGCCGGAGGAGGCGCCCAUGGCGGACCCGCAGCGCUAGGGGGCGUCGCGCGCGUGGAGGAGGGAGAUACGGCGGUGGUCUCCGCGCUGACGGCGGCGCGUUGCGUCUCGAUGGCCGCCGGGGAUAACGUCAAGGCGGCGCACGAAACUGCUGCAGCUUGAACAUUCGCGUACUGCGGUAGCAAUAUGCGAUGUCUGGGUAUCCCGCUAAAGCGUGACAUUUGGGUGGGAGUGAAGUUGGCCGGCGAGUCUCGUCUCGCUUAGUUUGUGAAUCUGGUAAUCCGGCCGGGUGUUAUAGUAUCGCAGUUGUGAUGUUGGACUGGUGAAACGCGCGUUGUACACCCAGGUGGAUCUUAUUUUACCAGUCGUGUCGUGUCCCGGCGUCCGAGUUGAACCGUCGCUGAAGUAAGCACCGGUAAACUUAGGAAACGAAUCCCGUGUCGAAAUAUGGGGAGUU